CAGUGAAGGAAUGUGGAGUUUGUGGGAAAAUAAUAACCAUUCUAUUAUUACCGACAAACAAGAAAGAUUCUUGUUCAUUGCAUUUUAAAUGUUAUAAAUUGUGACUGAGGAGACAAGUAUUAUCAUAUCACAAGUUAAGUUAGAUUUGAUUUCAAGUUAUCAGUGGCAGUAAAGUGUUUUACUAGAAAGCUGAAAUACUUUAUUAUCUGUUUCCAACAGUACACUACAGUCUACAGUGCAAGUUACAGUACCUUCAUCGUUAUCAGUAUCACUAUCAGCUGUUCGGUUGGGCAAUGUUAUGUUCGCUUUGAAUCGUAGCUGUUGGUCUUGUUUGGCUUCGACAUUAUAUAUAGUGAACAGGUUUCAUUAAGGGUUUUAAGACUUUAAAAAAGUCGUUGCAAUGAUUAGUUGGUUAAACAAAAAUAAAUUAGUAAUUAUUAUUAGUUAUGAUAUGGAGUAAACCUGUAACGUCAUAAAUUUUCAUCGCUUAACUUAAGAACGAAGAACUUCGGUAAAGCAUAGAAAAUGGGGUUUUGGCUUCAGUUAUCCCUCUUAUUAUGGAAGAAUUUCACUUUGAAGAAAAGAAAACCUCUUGUUUUGGUGUUUGAACUAUUCAUACCACUGGUACUGUUCUUCAUUUUAAUUGGGAUUAGGAAGUAUCAACCUGCUUAUCCUAUAGGUUCAUUUACCUUUCAUGCUUAUCCUCUACCAUCAGCAGGAGUAAUUGCAAUAAUGCAAGCCUUCUGUGAUAAUGGUGUACUUGAUGAUAAUGGCUUUUUUCAGUUUCCUAAUGGCACAGUAACCUCAUUCCUUGAAAGAUUAAACACAGCAUCCCAGAACAACAACUUCUUCCUGCCUGGCUUUAAGCUCAGUGAAUUGGAUACUAUUCCAGAUAUUUAUAAAAGUAUUGUUGAAGACCCAGUUGCUGUCCAUGAUAUUUUUGUUAAUGCUGCAAACAAGCAGGUUGUGUAUCUUCUCAAAGAUCCAGCUGAGUUUGAAAAAUUCUUGGUGUCAGAUCUCUUAGUCUCUGAGGAUGCAGUGAAAGUUCUUUUAACUUCUUCACUUGACAUGAAGCAGGUUUACCGGUUACUGUUUCUUUCAUUUUUAAAUGGAACUACCUUUGCUGGUGGUUCCAUACACCAGAAAGCGGCCUCAAUGUUUAGAGAGCAAACUGUUCCUUUGAAACUUUUAUCUCCUUCUGUAUCAGAACUAAACAUCCCUGAAAUUCUUCCUCUGGGUCAUCUUGAGAGUUGGUUAGUUUUUCUUCAGAAACAUAAGAAAGAAGCUGGGGUUUUAUGGAAUGCUGUCCAAAAGAUCUUUGACUUAAGCCUUAAAGAUCCAAAGGUCACUAUCAAUCCUAUAGAAACAGCUGUGGCCUUAAAGGAAUUUUUGAAGGAACAAUUUUGUAGUCUUAGUGACCAUAAACUGAAAAUUUUGGCAACAAGACUAAAGAGAGCAGUUGACACAGAAAAACUCUACAAUGCUCUACAUCUAGCAGAGUGGAAUUUUACAAUUGCUAAACAAAAAGUUUCAAAACUCAUCACUGAUCUUCGUACAUUCCACUUGUUCGAAGACACCUUGAAAAAAAUCAGCGAGAUUGCUUCAGCUUUGCCUCAGGAUUCUUGUACCCUGCUUAAUGGAACAGAUGUUUUGAGUAAUGACACAACGGCAGAGAAAUUCUGGGAUGAAACACUUGAAGAUCCUCAAGAGGUACAACAUUGA